AUGGGAUGCGUUACUUCUCAAACAAAAUGUGCAAAGACUGCGCCACAUGUGGAUGAAAUAAAUCGCACCACUGCUCCUCGAAUAAUGGCUCCAAAAGCUCCAACUUUAGCUGCUACUCCUGAAAAAGAGACUGAACUUCUCCCAAAUUCCUUAUCCCCUCCGUGAGUGAACAAAAAAAUUUAGUUCGCUCAGGGGCGCUAAUUGUUUUUUAUAAAAUGUAAAUUUUUCCAAUGGUAUUGUUCGCUGACAGAGGGAAGGGGAUUUAAGGAAAUUGUCUUUGUUUGUUGUGGGAGAAGAAGCUUCAGCAUUAGAAGAAUCUGCAAUUCCUCCCGCAAUUUCUGCAAGCCAGCUAUCUAAUCAAGUCAGAACGCAGCUUCAGCCUGAUCCAAGAAUCUCUAUCUCUUAA